CCAAACCGACUUCAUGCUGAGACGGUGAACGUCGAGGAGGCAACACCCGUCUGUGUGACUGUGCGUAAGAAAGGCAUCACCGGAGCAGCUAAUAUAUGAAUCAUGUCCAACAACAUGUAAGGUGUUAGAAUAUAACACGCCAUGGUCGCCUGUGGAGGACACGACGUUUGCAAUUUGGUACAAGAUGAGCAGCGGCAGCAAACGAGAGAGGGAGCAGAGGAGGAAGCUGCAGCACUUCCUCAGUGACCUGGCUUUACUUGGAUCAUUACAGGGCUUUAAAUACUUCCAGCCUUGGCUGAGAGGGAAAGAGGAGUUGCUGCUGACAGUUGUUAAUGAGGAUCUGGGUUGGCGCUCCCCAGGCUUUGUGGUCUCCAGAGCCUCAUCCUCCUCCUCCAGCAGCAGCUGUAACAGCAGCGAUGUCUCCCCCAGCAGCAGCUCCCCCAGCCUGGACAGCCGGAGCAGCUCUCCCCUGCCCGGGGAGCCUCCGGGCCCGCGAGACCCUCCGCCGUCGCGCACACACACCAAGACGCAGCCACAGACUGUCAGGGAUCCCAGCAGUGAGGAGCAUCUCCUCCCAGCCUCUCCCAGUGAAAGAGAGAUAGCGGUGCCUGAGGUGAACUGCACUCUGUUUCUACUGGCCGGCUACGUCAAGUACGGGCGCCCCUACGCCUGGAUACGCUCCAACCACGAGCGCCUGGUCAACAUCGGAGGCACCGAUUCGAUGGUCAAGGACACGCCCAUGAAACUCAAGUCCAUCACAGACUGGCAGACGCGAGGUAUUCGAGUGUGGGACGUCAUCAGCGAGCUGGUGUGUCUGUGCACCGUUCCCUCUCCCUCCAACCCCUUCGCCCUAGACAUGCGCUACAUCAAAAGCCUUCCCCUCCCCGACCGCUUCCUCGUCACGGGCGCGCUCCUGAACUUCCUGGACAUGUACGUGGUUUACGGGAACCGGGACGAGUUGCACUACGACAAAGUGGUGGAGGAGGUGAAGCCUCUGAGGCGUCUGCACGUCCAGUCCCUGCUGGAGUUGCAGCGACACAGAGAGCGCUCCGGGGCGGCCGGCAGCCCCCCAGUGCAGGACUCUUCUUCAGAGGAGUGAUUAUAACUCUUCACAUAUGAGCCACAUUCAGAUGAGACAUCAUCUGUGCACUUUGACUGAAUUCUAUUGCAAAUAGGGUCAAAUGUGUGAAAUAUUUAGGCGAUUUAUUGUGCGUUUGCGGUGUGAAGUCGCUCUCGUUCUCUCGUGUUGCGUACACACUGAACAAACCGGUUUCUUUCAAGGCUACACAGUCCAGCUGCAUGUGUGUCUUUAUUACAGUUGGAAGGUAGUCACAUGUACCAGAGUUGUUGGAAAUGUGAAAACACUGGGAGAAAUAACCCUGGGAAAUGAGUCACAUGACUGAGAUUAAACAUCCCAGGACCUCUCUGAAUGUCUUGACCCAACACCCCCAAAACCCUUCAAUCAUGCCCCCCACCUCCCACACACUUAACGGCUUCAGGCCAAAUAUAACAUUUUAAAACUUGAGCGUAACAGAAUCAUUCAUCAGGGUCAAAGCUGCAGAUUUUAAAGCCGGUUAAAUAUUUGUCCUCUCGAAAGUUACAGCGGUGAGAAAACAAACAUGUACGGACAAAAAAUGUUGUAUAAAAAGUUUUAUUUCUUAAAAUACAUAUUUCAUUAAAUAUGUACAAUGACAUAAAAACAGUACACCGAUAAAAUACACCUUGGAGCAGGCACUUCAACCCCCAUUUUCUGAGAGCAGGGCUGUGCCGUUUGUAGCUGGAAAAGAUACAUCACGAGUACAAAAUGUUAAAAUGAACUGAUAAAAACCUCGUGGCACAUCAGUCAAAAACACCCGUUCUGUUAAAAAGAACAAGGCGACAUCGCUAGCUUAGUUUUGGUCAGAAAACACAAAAUGACACCACUAUUCCUAAAGUCUCAUCUGUAAACCAUAAGACAGAAAGCACCAUCAUGUUACGCAAUACGGCACACAUCACUGCCGAUAACCGUCGCGGCGUGAAAAGCACAGUGUAGCAUCAACUGACGAGGCUGCUCAAUAUGCAAAAGUCAUGGUUGGACAUCUCUCAAAAUCCCCCCCCCCCCUCCCCAUUUGGAAUGCAGGUGCAUGGCCGAGCAUUCCGCACAGAGGCGCCACAUGGGAACACAGCGUUCCCAGUGUUCGGACACAAACCCGCAAGUCAUGGCCGAGUGUGCUUUUCACCACAUAAAUGCAAUUAAUUCAUCGCAGUGGACAGUCGGGAUCUGUUUUUUUUGGGGGGGGGGGGGGGUUUGCAGGAUGCUGCUGUGGUGCAUACAGGGAGGAUUUUGUUGACCGUGCAGGUUCUGCUCAGGUCUUUUUAUGAUGCAGGUGCUGCUUCUACUGGCUUCUUCAAAAUGUAAGAAAAGAUAAAACUGGAUUUCUUGAGUAGGAAUUCAACUGAUGUGUUUAGAUGUCAUAUUUUACAGAAAGUGCUCAACACUGACUAACUGCAUAAUGUGCAUUACGGACUAUAAUGAACGUUUUGAAUGACGUGCCUGCAUUUUUCUGUCUGUAUCUUGACAUCGACAUAAUCAUAAGGCCAAAACUCUCACAGCGAUUCCAGAAUAAAAGAGAAACAUACCAGUGCCAAAGGGUUAAAAAUAAUAACAAUAAUAAUAAAAUGAAAUCAUCAUGACCUGUCACAAAUAUCAGUUAAAUAAAAAUCCGCCUUAAAAAAA